AGCAGUAGGCUGCCUGUUGUGUUUUGUUUUGGUAGUCGACGAGAGUGGGGCAGGCGGAGCACCGCGCACUAUACCUGGGAAGUGACACGUCGGGGAUGGAAGAUGAUCGACCGAAUACUUACGGAAAAAAUAACAUGCCAGCAUUUAUGGGCAGUUUCGACGAGGCGAAUGAGACGUUAAGCCGCAGCCUGCCUACCGAAACUUCUCCUGCUGACAGUAAAGUUGACAGGUCGCUCGGGGCUUUGAGCCAACAUGUCAUUAGACAUGCGAACUCCACCGUUAUCUCGCCGAGAGGAGAGAGCGAUCCCGAGAUUCAGCGACGCGCGGUGACGCAAAACAACAUCGAGAACGGGGACGAUCAAGACACUCACGAUGGGAGCAACAAUGGGACUGGGAAUGGGACCAGUACGGUGGUGGAUAUUUUAAACCGCAAUUUUGGGAUAUUAUCAAAGUCUCACUCCCUGCAUCGUAGAGAGGGACGCAACAACAAGGACAUCCCUUGUGAGGAAAUCGCCACGAACAGUGCUGUCAUAUCCGAACAACGGGAUAAUGUGCCACCAUCAACCCCAGUAACACUCGAACAGCAAACCCAGAACGAGCAAGUGCUUUAUUAUGACCCGGGAACAGAGACGUCGGUUCCCCAAGAGGUCGAAUCGGAUUCCGAUGAAUGUUAUUACAACUGUGAAAGUAGGAGCCACGGGAACGCCGUAGACCAGUCUUGUUUUGACAAAGAACACGUGUACUGUACGGUCUACUGUAUCGCCAACGAGGGCUACCGAAAAGACUUUGAAGUCGUAGAAGAACGCCAUAAUGAAACGCCGACAGCCCUCCCGUCUGGUGCAGCAGGAGAGCUGCAGCAGACGAUGGCUGGGGAUGACGUCGUAGGUUCGACGACCCCCGAACUUUAUAGCCUCCGCGACCUGGGGGAUCCGCGAGCGUCGAUCCGACUUUCACGUGAGGAAAGUCGCGUGGGUUGCACCGCGCUGUCGAACUGCCUCGUGUGUCUGUUGGACAGGUCGUCCAUCGUGCCUCUGCGAUGCUGCGGGAAGGCCGUGUGUGAUGAGUGUCUGAAACGCUACAUCAGCUCCCAGGUACAAGUGGGCAAGGCGGACAUCGUGUGUCCCAUCCUUGAGUGCAGUGGCCUGCUGGAGGAGAGCCUUGUGGUGUCUCACCUGGCCAACGAGGAGCUGGCCAGAUACCACUACUUCCUGGAGUUGUGUCAACUGGAUGCGAGCACCAAGCCCUGCCCUCAGUGCAACCUGUUCACCACCCUGCAGAGGAACACACCCGACCGCUCGGAGCAUAAGUACAAGAUCCAGUGCAGUGCGUGUCAGUUCAUAUGGUGCUUCAAGUGCCACUCGCCCUGGCACAGCGGGCUCAAGUGCCGCGACUACCGCCGCGGGGACAAGCUGCUGCGGAAGUGGGCGAGCGUCAUCGAGCACGGCCAGAGGAACGCGCAGAAAUGUCCCCGGUGCAAGAUCCACAUUCAGCGAACCGAGGGGUGCGACCACAUGACCUGCACACAGUGCAACACCAACUUCUGCUACCGCUGUGGAGAGCGUUACCGCCAGAUGAGGUUUUUCGGCGACCACACAUCCAACCUCAGCGUGUUCGGCUGCAAGUAUCGCUACCUUCCCGAUAAACCCCAUCUGAGGCGUCUGAUAAGGGGCUCCGUCUGCGCCAGUAAGGUGGUGUUGGCCCCUGUGGUCCUUGUGCUGGUCGUGGUUCUGGGAUCUAUUUCACUGGUUAUAGGCCUGGUGGUUUUACCAGUGUAUUACGUGUGCAAGAGGAAGAAGAAACAGCAGCUUGCUCAGGGUUCUGAUAAAGGUGCUGGGACCUUCUAGCAAAGCAAAGGCCUCCUCUAUCGAGAACUUUGUUGUCAAAAGAAGAUCCUCCAUCUUUGCUUGUCACGUUCUCUGCAGAGUUUCCUUCCCGAUCUUCCCCUCUUUCCCUUGUUUUCCACUCUUCUCCUCCCUCCCUGGUGUCCUCCUGUCAGGGGGAGUUCAUGUGAAACUGGGGCCAAGUUGACUGCAGACAGGCCUGGCUACAGUUUACAGGAAUGUUGAAAUAUUAACGAAACAGCCACUGGCAGACGUGCUAACACAACAAUGAGGCUAGCAGGAAAAGAGCCAAUAAAAAGGAAGUUGACGGAAAGAAAACAUUACAAAUUCUUGCAUAACAUAAAGAAACUAAUAAAAUCGAUGGCCCAUCCUUAGGUUAUUUGAAUAGCUUUGAUCUUGGAUCAAAAUGAAAGCUUUAAUUGAACGUGCUAUUAGUAUAUACUUUAGAAUGGUGCUACAUGGAAAGAUGUUUUUGCUAUGAUUUCAAGAUUUCGUUUUGCUUUUGGUGUUAAAGAUGCCAUAUGAAGGCAAUCACGGUUUGCUCUUGUUCAAAGUUCAAAUUUAAAGCUUUAAAGACAGAAAUAUCUUUCAUUAAAAGGAGGCUGAUUGUAACAGAAUAAGUCUGUUGCACAGUUUGGAUUGUGACCUUUAGAGCCUUAAUGUUACCCAAACAAACACACACACACACACACACACACACACACACACACACACACACACACACACGUGCAAACACACACAGACCUAGACAGAUACACCUUGAACUGUGCCAGUGAGCAGAAGAUUUUCUAAAGCUUUAAAGGUUGUCACCCAGCAACCGCCAGCUUUCUCUCCGUUAAUCAUCACCCCCCCCAACUCAGAUUAUCCUUCUAUUCUCUCUCUCUCUCUUUCUUUCUUUCUUUCUUUCUUUCUUUCUUUCUUUCUUUCUUUCUUUCUUUCUUUCUUUCUUUCUUGGUGGUGCAUCCUCUCAAGUGUCUCUCUACCAUCCUCUUCCUCUGUCAACCAGCCGGUCAAAUGUUGAUAAGGUCAACGUAUAAAAUGACAACAAUAUAGAAUGUGGAUUAGUUUCUACUGAUAUGAAUGGGGAGUGAAAAUAGCUUAAAGAGAUAUUGACACAUCGUGUCCGAGGCACAAACAAGAUGUACCUGUUGGUGUCGGUGGUGACUCAGGCAGCAGGCAGCCUGAGUCUAUCAGCUAGUCCCCAAAUGGAUCCUUCCUUCCCAUCACACGUUUUGGGUUCUUUACUUUCUAUUUCGUAGCCCUUCGGCAUUUUCUUGCAUAGGAAGACGCGGCAACCCAAAACGUCUAGAUGUACACAAGAUAUCAACAAGAGACAAAGAAUUCACUCAACGAAAAGUUGAAAAGAAGUAUAUAUAUAUAUAUAUAUAUAACACACCAAUAUACCUAUUGAUGUGUGCUUGUUUGAUGGGCAUUUACUGAAGCCAUCACUAGACACUGCACCUGCUGAAGAGUCUGCAAACGUGUAUCAAUAUCAUCUACUUUCUUAAAUAAAUACAUUAAUUAUUUAAAAAUAAAUAUAUAUGAAUCUCCCACGGAAUGCCUAUAACUUCACACUACUGAGUAUCUCAACAACUGGGGAGAUGGGGUUAGAAAUAUAUAUUUAAGAACUCCUAUUUGUUACUUACUUAUUUGGCCAUAUGCUGUAAUCCCAUGCACUAUUCACAGGGUAAUUUUGCCAGUUUUGAGUUAUGGUGGAAUUUGCGGUUAUGAUGCCGGUUCGAAAAAGCAUAGUGGAAAUAUGGUUGCACACUGGUGUUCAUGAAAAUGUUGGAUUGCUGCCUGUAGGUCGCACUCUCUCAGGAAGAUUCAUACCCAUGGCUGUCCAUUUAAACAACGGCUGUGCCACUCAAAUGUGCGCAGUCAUGUAUUUACUGAAGCUUGCCAAUAGUGUUCAAUCGUUGCUUCGCAAAAGUAUCAGGUUGCAGGAAGGAAAACAUUUGAGUCGUCUAAUAUUUUAGAGGUAAAAUAGUUCAAAAGGCCUGUGUCAUGAUCUACGAAGCAUUGGGAAAUUUUGGACGUUUUUGUUUUUUGCAGAGGUUAUAUAUUAUAUUAGCAAUGCACAAAACUGAAGCUUUAAAACUUUUGUAUGGAUUUUCCUUUUAAUAAUAUAAUUAUAAUUUUUAUAUGAUAAUUAUUUGCCAUAGUUUCUUUCAUAUAAAAUUAUAUAAAUACAAUUGUAAUUAUUGUGAAUGUAGCAUAAACAUAUGCAAAUGUAGACCAGUACAUAUUCGUUUUUGGUAUUUUCACACCAUUUGGCUACAAUCCAAAAUUUGAAACAGGCAGUCUUUUUCUCAUUUUGGUUCUAUCUGUUGACAAGCCACCAUUAGGAACGUUAUUUUUUUCAUCCUCUCAAACAUUCAAUGUCAUUUAAAACAUCAGAAGUCUUUGCCCUCAAUAGUGCUAAAGUACGGCUGCUAAUGCACUGAUAUCCAGCUACUUUGUUUGGUGGUUUGUUUUAAUUCCAUGGGCAUACAAGUUUGACGACAAAUGAAACCUGUCCUGUACUCUAGCAUUUCACAAUAGCCAUACAAAGAGUUCUAAAACGGUUACUGCUGUCUGCAGUGAAAAUGUUAACGGUUGAAAUGUAGUUGCUAAUUCAAUGCCAUUAUUUGUGAAUGUUUUGCUUUGGUUUAUUUGUUGUCUAUUCCUCUUGUGUAUGAGCUGGCUCAUACCGUCAGGCCAUGUUACCUUGAAGGUUCUUCUGAAUGACAAUGUAACCUUGCCUUUACCUGUUAUUUGUGGUUCCCUUCCAAUGCUAUUCUUUAAAGGGCCCCUAUUUCUUUUGUACAUUUUAAAGGCCCCAUAUUUUACCAAAAGGUUUGAGAGUGAGACAUUCCAAUCCAUUCAAAAAUCGAUCCACUGGUUGCGUCUCAAGUGGGAGUGGCCGUUAAAAUGUAUGACAGAGAGGUCAAACUCCAGCCUAGUACUUAUUACGGUCCACCAGGGAAUUUAUCUGUCAAUCCCACAUCUGGGCGAGCACUUCCACUUGUAUAUUAAAAAGAAAUCUUGUAGCGUAUGACUAAUCACAAUCAACCCUGGUGGUAGAAUAGGGCCCUUUUUAAGAUGCUAUUCUGUUUGAACUUCAAGUACAAUUGUAGUAGGACUUUGUAUCCUAGAAAUUUGAAAGGGUUUAGGGUGAUAUGUAAGUUUCUGUCUGUCACAUCUACAAAUUGCCAGUACUUUGGGGGGUAGUGAGAUGCUAAGCUAUGCUAUGCUAGUGCUAAGACAAAUUGUUAUUUUUAUUUAGAUUAGGAGGGUUCAAGUCUUCAUGUGUAGUGUAUGUUCUAGCUACAUCGAUUUUGUUCCGUAUAUCUUUGCACAAUGUAGAAUUGUCACUUUAUUAUGAAUUGUAUCUUUGUUAGUCGCAUUGUUCCAGUAGAUUAAAACUGCUACUGUAAGAAAUCUAUGGAGAACCUGGUGGCAGUACAGAGGGGCAGACUUUUAGGCCGGCUUGAUGUCAUACUUUUAAGUCCAUCCAAAAAAAACAAAAUAUAUGGGACAAUCAACUGACAACUGUCGCGUCUUAAAAGUGUCAUUUCUCUGUAGUGUGUGUGUGUGUGUGUGUGUGUGUGUGUGUGUGUGUGUGUGUGUGUGUGUGUGUGUGUGUGUGUGUGUGUGUGUGUGUGUGUGUGUGUGUGUGUGUGUGUGUGUGUGUGUGUGUGUGUGUGUGUAAAAUGUUACUUAAUGCUGACCUUCCAUUGGUAAACAUAAUGUGUUGUGUCUGCCUUGAAACAGUCUGUGUACUUUGGUAAAAGCUGCUUUAAGAAGACAUCUUGCGUGAAUGACUUCAUUCAGAGGUCAAACCAGGUCCAUGUUCCACUACCAACUGCCACUCUUAAAAUGUCUGCUGUUAACUUUUUUGCUGUAUUGCUUUGUCAGAGACAGAAACUGUUUUCAACUGAUGGUUAAUCGAUAAUACAAAUAAAUAAGACCAAAAAUG